AACGGGUGUUAUUUUAUAGCGAUUUUAACCAAUAAAACGGACAUUUAUUAACUUUGAAACCACAGCCAACGUCAUUUUGGAACUGGCAUCAAACGGAAGUGAUAUACUGUGCUACUUAACGCAAUAGUUGAUAGGAAUUUGCAAUAACUGAUAUUUUGUUUGGAUUAAAAGCGAUGUAAAUACAAGAUAUGUCUUAUGGAUCAGCAACUUCUUUAGGUCGACCUGUAACCGCGCAUUGUCCAAUAUAGAUAUUACUGCGAAGUCAGUUUCACAGUGACCAAGAUAGCAUGACCUCGACGUCAACAAGCAUACGAACGUCUGCCUCGAAGAUGAUUUUUACACCUUCACGGAUAAUGACAUCAUCAAGUCGAUGUUGCGAAACGGGACGUCCGGUAUUGAUCGACCCCGUUACCGGACAAACGAUUUGCUCUUGCCAGCUGAAAACAGGGGUACCAGCCUAUCUUGCCCGCGUGCCGUCACUGCCGGAAACCAUGUACGGUUCUGGCAUGGCGUCACAGUUCUCGCCAAAUCUGCUGACGUCAACAGAUGCGUCGUCUGCUUUCUACCAAAUGAGGUUAAAGACAGAGCGCGGCGCAGACGGCCCCAAAAUGGCGACAUCUGGUACGCAUGCGCCGUUCUAUCUGGAGCAGCUAAUGGCCGCACAUCCGUAUAAUUCUCUGUAUGCUGGUUUCGACCUCAACAGCGCCCGGCGGAAGAACGCCACGCGGGAGACCACGAGCGCUCUGAAGGCGUGGCUCUAUGAGCACCGGAAGAACCCGUAUCCGACCAAGGGCGAGAAAAUCAUGCUAGCCAUCAUCACGCGGAUGACCUUGACCCAGGUGAGCACGUGGUUCGCUAACGCCAGACGAAGGCUGAAGAAGGAAAGCAAAAUGGGGGACAAAGACAUCAACUUCGACGACAUUGACGUCGAUGAUGAUAAAUACGACAAAAGCAAAACGACUUCACAGUCCGAAAGCGAUCCCUGCGAUUCUCCGAUCAACGCCACUGACUUGUCGGACAUCUCCGAUGCCGAAGACGUCUCGCCGAGUUUCCGGCCUUCCCGCACAUGCGCACAUCGGAUAUUCUCACCGGAACAACGAUCCGACUACGCCACAGAGGAGCGCCACCUACCGGCCGAACAAACGCAUCCAACGUUUGAACCAAACCGUGAGGAAAAUAGUUCCGAAGAUUCAUCCGCGGUACAAAGUAGUUCCUGCAAAUCUGAUACCUCAUCCGAUUGCCAAAUCAAGGACACUAAAAGACAGUCAGCAACUAUGAAUGAGAACGCUCCAAUUGUGAAACCAAAAAUUUGGUCAAUAUCCGAAAUUAUUAGUCCGAAGAUAAUCAGCUAGUUAGAGGCAUCAUUGUUAAGUAAAUUAAAUAUAAACAAUUGAUAUAUUUAAUUGGGUUGAACAGCUGUAAAUGCGUGAUACGUAUUGUGAGAAUUUUCGCGGCCAGAUGGAAAUGCAAGUGAAAGUGGUACUUCAACCAGCCUAUGAUUCGCGUUCUACUUAUAAUGUUCAUAUACAUUUGUACUUAAUUACAAUUCGUCAAUACAACUCAGCCAAAAAUGUGUGUAUGUACUUGAUAAAGGCUGUAGAGAC